GGAUAAGCUGUAUUUGGCAAACUGUCUACAGGCAGUCCAUAGGACUGUCAACACUAUAUAAGCUGACUUUUACCACUGUGCUGAAAGAAGAAAGCCACCUGCUCCUGCAUCGAGAGUGAAGUCCUGAGACCAUGAAGAUGAGAGUUGCUGUGUUGCUGGCUGUGAUCGUUAUGUUCUGUGCUGCCGACGCUCAGAAAUGCGCUCUGGAUGGACUGAUGAGCAGCCUGACAGAAUCUGUGGCCUCUGCAGUCCUGGAGAAAGUGACUCUGUCUUGCAUUGAUGCCUCAGCUAAAGGGAGCCUGGCGAAUUGUCCUGCAGGUUACAAGCCGACGGGCUGCUCCUGCGGUAAUGCCUGCGGCUCCUGGGAUAUCCGCAAUGACCAGACCUGCCACUGCCAGUGUGCAAACCAGGACUGGACCGCUGCACGCUGCUGCAAGAUAGCCGUGAAACAGAAGCCAGGAAAAGAUGUAACCGACGUCGAGAUGUCGACAGCUUUACCGAUUUAUAAGGGUUAAAGAUUGGUGCGAGGGCUUUCAGUUUUCAAGCUCCUUCACUCUAGAACUCACUUCCAGCUUUUAUCCGGAAUGCUGAGUAUUUUUAAAUUUUAUAUCUCUUUGAUUUGGCCUUUCCCUAGUGAAUAGUCUGGAGCUCUUUUGGCUUGCUGUGUAUUUGUGUAAAGCGCCCUGGGAUGCUUGCACAGGAAGAACACUAUAUAAAUGAUACUGUAUGGUCAUUGUUAUGGUAUUGAAUAAAAAGCUUCUAAAAAAUAAAUACUUUUCUUAC